CCUGUCUCGAUGCAAAAAGGAAACCAAACCCACCACAACUCAUGAUGAGAACCAUCGAGACAAUCAAACAUUGAUCAGCUGUCACUUCGUCGAGGCAUCAUCCUGUUAACAAGGGGAAAGAUCGGAGCUCGAAUGAACCAGGAUUAGAAAGAUCUGUCUCCAUGUCCACACUGGCUCCCUCCAGUCCCACCAGUGUCUCAGCGCCGGCUCUGGUCCAGUUCCAGCUCGGCCUGUUCAGGGAGGUGGUUCGAGUCCCAGCGGGGAACCUGAGCUACGGCCAUGCCAAGAGGCUGGCUGCAGAGAUCAUAGAGCGCAAGGCGCCAGACGUCAGCGUGGUCGGCGUAGGUGAAAAGAUUCUCCUGUUCAGACACCAGGCGUCCUCAGAGCUCCUCCUGCACCACCUUACAGAGCAGGACCAGCUGCGGGACGGAGACCUCAUCGAUGUCAUCAUCGCAGAAUCAGCAUCGGUGACAGAGAUGAGGGUCCGUCCUCACUCUCUGGUGGUCUACUCGUACAGGACUCCCACUUUCUGUCACCACUGUGGAGAGAUGCUGUGGGGUCUCGUCAAACAGGGUUUGAAGUGUGACGGUUGUGGGUUAGACUUCCACAAACGCUGUGCUUUCAAGCUGUCCAAUGACUGCAGCCGAGCACGCCGUCAGGUCAGCACCAGCCUGUCCCUGUUUCCCCCCCGGAGACCCCGCACACACUCUCUGUCUAACCCAGCAGGAGGAAGUCUAGAAGAGAUCAGCAUGUCCAAGCCCUCCUCCAGACCGCCGUCGUGGGCAGAGCCUCCAGAGUGGCUCACUAUCGGGUACGGGGACAAGAGCAGGGCUCAGGUCCCUCACACCUUCCACAUCCACAGCUACACCAAACCCACCGUGUGUCAGUACUGCCACCGGCUGCUCAAAGGGCUCUUCAGACAGGGGCUGCAGUGCUCAGACUGCAGGUUUAAUUGCCAUCGGCGCUGCGAGCAGAAUAUCCCCAGAGACUGUCCCGGGGAGAAGAAGGGCGUCAACGGGGAAGCGGUGGGUCACACCCCCCCAGCAGACUCAGAGGACACUGAGUCACUCCUCAGCACAACCACAACACUAGAGAUCUCUGACGAUGAGAUGUCCACUGACGGAGACUCGACAGCUGAGGCCAAGGAGAACGAGCCACCGAGGGAGCCGAUGAGUCCUUGUUUCAGCAGCAACAUCCCUCUGAUGCGGCUCGUUCAGUCAGUGCAUCACACUAAGAGGAGAGCAGGUGGAGUCCUGAGGGAGGGAUGGCUGCUGCACCACACCAACACUGACACACUGAGGAAACGUCAUUACUGGAUCUUGGACUGGAAGAGCAUCACUCUGUACCAGAACGAGAGCAGCACCAAGUUUUACAAGGAGAUCACUCUGUCCGAGGUGCUGCUCGUUCGAGGCCCCGCCCACCUCUCCAUGCCUUCAUUACCAGGCAACAGCGUCCACUCCUUUGAGGUGGUGACAUCAUCGCUAGUGUACUGUGUGGAGGCCGGGGAGAGCGGGAUGGCCUGGGCCAGCGCCAUCCGUCAGGCUCUGAGGCCCGUAGAGAGCAGCAGAGGAAACAAGGCGGAGGAAGAGAAGCAAGAUGAACAUACACACAGAGACAGUGUGGACAUCAGCUCAGUGUAUCAGAUCUUCACAGACGAGGUUCUGGGUUCAGGACAGUUUGGAGUGGUGUACAGAGGCACUCAUAGAAAGUCCGGGCGGUUGGUCGCCAUCAAAGUCAUCGAUAAGACUCGUUUCCCCAACAAACAAGAGCGACAGCUGAGGAACGAGGUGUCCAUCCUGCAGAACCUGUCUCACCUGGGCGUGGUCCUGUUGGAGGGCAUGUUUGAGACGGUGGAGCACGUCUUCGUGGUCAUGGAGAAGCUGCAUGGAGACAUGCUGGAGAUGAUUCUGUCCAGUGAGAGAGGCCGACUCCCUGAACGCAUCACGCGCUUCAUGGUCACACAGAUCCUCGAGGCUCUGCGCUACCUGCACCUCAAACACAUCGCUCACUGUGACCUGAAACCAGAGAAUGUCCUGCUGGCCUCUGCAGACCCUCUCCCUCAGGUGAAGCUGUGUGACUUUGGCUUCGCCCGCAUAAUCGGAGAGAAAUCCUUCCGCCGCUCCGUCGUGGGCACGCCAGCUUACCUGGCGCCUGAGGUGAUAAGCAGCUGCGGGUACAACCGCUCUCUGGACAUGUGGUCGGUGGGCGUCAUCAUGUAUGUGAGUCUGAGCGGGACGUUCCCCUUCAACGAGGACGAGGACAUCAGACAGCAGAUCACCAACGCUGCCUUCAUGUACCCACGACAACCCUGGGCCACAAUCUCCCUGGAGGCUGUGAGUCUCAUCAACAACCUGCUGCAGGUGUCGGUCAGACGGAGGUUCACCGUGGGAAAAGCUCUGGGACACACCUGGCUGCAGGACUUCCAGCUGUGGUGCGACCUCAGAGAGUUCGAGCAGAAGAUGGGCUGCCGGUAUCUGACGCACCAGGGGGACGAGGAGCGCUGGACGAAGUACACCCAGGAGAGAGGACUGAGCGUCCCGUCCCACCUCAGCUGGAACGCCUACAACCUGGACAUGUGACCUUUUACAUGAAGGUCAAAGGUCAGACAGUUUGUAGUCUUUACAGCUUUAGAUGAGACCAAAGAGAUGAGAUGUCCAAAAUAAUUCACCAUCUAAAAUCAAAUACAGACUGGUUUCAUUUGCAUGUUUAUGUUGUUAUCUAUAAAAAAAAUGUUAAAUUCAAGGUUGUUUAUGAUGAAAGACUCCAAAAAAAUAAUAAAAACACAACUUCUGUUUAGUAA